AAUCAUGGCGGUUUCCCGUAUGAGCUCCCGAGCUAUGGCAAUGACUUUGUUUAUGAACAGUUUAUACCUUUUGUUGAAAUACAUUGAUCGCCAUUUUGCAUGUCCUGUUCCUUUGAAGACAAGAUUAAAAAAUAAUGUGUUUGCUGCUAACUUAGCACGUAUUAUUACACAAGAUUAUGUCCCAAGACACCAGUAUGGGGGUGAGAAGAGGAGAACUUGCAAAGCCGUUGCAUAUACAGCACUUGGAAAAAGCUCUUGAUGUUGAACCAUUCCUGUCCUACGUAGAGCAGAUUUUCAACACUCCUCUCACGAGCGAUGGGAGUAGUUCCGACUCUGAGGCGGACGUUCAACUCACAGAAGCAGAAUUAGCAAGAGGAAGUCGAAUUUUAAAUGGCGUGAAAACAAACAGAGAGGAGCGACGGCUGGACAAGAUGCGUCUGUACAACCUGGACGGAGUGAAGCACGACCGCUACUGGCUGCGGGAACUGCUGCUGAGCGACACCACCUGCUCGUCGGAGGAGGAGGAGGAGGAGGGGGAGGAGGGGGAAGACAGCCCGGUGUCCGAGGAGAGCAUCCGGCAGAUGUUGAGGCAGCACGUACUGUGCAAGAAGUACGCAGAGCAGUUCCACGCCAAUCCCGAGAAUAUGCAAUACCAGUACUACAGUGUAGGCUUGUUGUCGAACUAUGACAAGUUCCCAGAACACCAGAGGAGCAUUGUGGGCAACAGGAAAAAGAAGAAAACCAAGAAGAUGGAGAAGAAGUUGAAGAAGAUUAAGAAACUGAGUGCAAGGGAGAGGCGAUUGCUGGAGGAAGCUCAGGAGCAGGAGACGGACGAGCUGGACUACGAGGACAUGCUCACGGACGUCAAGGUGGAGGACGACGCGGACGGCUACGCGGACGCUUCCUGCGGGUACCCGCGCGGCUCGCGCUCGCGCAAGCGCGCCCAGCAGUCCAGGAGCCCCGAGGUCAUGGCCAUCAGGCGGCGCAAGAUCUGGAUGAUGAUGUCCAAGAAGGAGCUCGGCAAGGUGCAGAGAGCGAAGAUAAACAACCACAAGGAGGUGCUGACCACCUACAAGCGGCUGGCGCAGUACUGCAUGAAGCACUGGCGGCAGAAGGCCAUGCAGUCGCAGAAGAACAUGAAGGAGACGAUCUGGCGGGCGAAGCGGCUGACGAGGGAGAUGCAGGCGUACUGGAAGCGCUACGACCGGGUCGAGCGGGAGACACGUCGGCGGCAGGAGAAAGAGGCGGAGGAGCAGCGAAAGCUGGACGGUGAGCUGAUGGAGGCCAAGAGACAGCAGCGCAAGCUGAACUUCCUGAUCACGCAGACGGAGCUCUACGCACACUUCAUGUCCCGGAAGCUGGGCGCAGCGCCUCACAAGGACCAGCUGCGAAUCCUCAGCCAGCUGGAUGAGGAAAAGAUGCCCCGCCUCAUGGCCAUUGAUGAUUAUGACAGCGAGGCCAUGAAGCACAAGGCGAAGAAGAACGUGCAGGAUGCGUUCCUGGCGGAGCAGGCGCGCACGCGGCAGUACGCUCACGGCGUGGCGCUGCAGCAGCUGGCCGACGGUUUCAAGCUGACGGAGACCAGCAUCAGCACGGAGGACGAGCGGCCCCAGCCGGCCAUCUUCCGCGGCAAGCUCAAGCACUACCAACUCAAGGGCAUGAACUGGCUCGCCAACCUCUACGACCAGGGGAUAAAUGGGAUUCUAGCUGACGAGAUGGGCCUGGGCAAGACUGUGCAGUCCAUAGCAUUCCUCUGCCACAUUGCAGAAAAAUAUGAUGCUUGGGGUCCAUUUCUUAUCAUUUCUCCAGCAUCUACACUUCACAAUUGGCAACAAGAGAUGGCUCGCUUUGUUCCAGACUUCAAGGUUGUCCCCUAUUGGGGAAACCCACAGGAGCGGAAGAUCCUGCGUCAGUUCUGGGACCAGAAGGGCCUGCACACGCGGGAGGCCAGCUUCCACGUCGUCAUAACCAGCUACCAGCUGGUCAUCAGCGACUUCAAGUACUUCAACCGCAUCAAGUGGCAGUACCUGGUGCUGGACGAGGCCCAGGCCUUGAAGAGCACCAGCAGCGUGCGCUGGAAGCUGCUGCUGGGGUUCAGCUGCCGCAACCGCCUGCUCCUGUCCGGCACGCCCAUCCAGAACAGCAUGGCCGAGCUGUGGGCCCUGCUCCACUUCAUCAUGCCCACGCUCUUCGACUCCCACGACGAGUUCAACGAGUGGUUCUCCAAGGACAUCGAGAGCCACGCCGAGAACAAGACCGGCAUAGACGAGAAACACUUGUCCCGUCUGCACAUGAUCCUGAAGCCCUUCAUGCUCCGCCGCAUCAAGAAGGAUGUGGAGAACGAGUUGUCGGACAAAAUAGAAGUGAUGGUGUACUGCCCCCUCACCACGCGACAGAAGCUGCUCUACUCCGCUCUAAAGAAGAAGAUUCGUAUUGAGGACCUGUUAUACACGUACACGGGUGCCAACCAGACUUCCCAAAGUGUUACUUCCAGCCUGAUGAACCUCGUCAUGCAGUUCCGAAAGGUGUGUAAUCACCCGGAGCUGUUUGAGCGGCACGAAGCCAAGUCACCGCUGUUCGUAGCCCUGGACGACUACGUGUUGCCUCGCCUGGUGUUAGAGGAAGGGCUCCUUCACCAUUGUGUUCCCAGCAAGCGACACAUUGUCGAGAACAUGCUCAGCGUCUUCUCCCCUGAAUACGUCCAUCGCUCCCUGUUCCCUCGGCGCGUGCAACGAGGGCACAGAAUUCAGGUGGACAGCUGUUUCUCGUUCACAAGGUUUUGUGACCUAAGUCCUGCAGAGCUCAGUCGCUUGGUCCUGGGAGGCCUGCUGUUCGUGCUGCUGCACGUCGCCGAGCGGGACGAGGCGGCUGCCCGCCUGCACCACCGCCUGCAUUGGUGGGCGCCCGGCGGGGCGGUGUCCUUCCUCCUGGCCCCGGGAGAGGCCACGUCGCCGCCCGGCGUGCGGGCCAGCGCGGUGCUGCCCCGGCUGGUGUUCACCGCGCGGGUCGGCUGCUCCUUUCACGCCCACGCCACGCACAUCCUGCACUGCACGCCCGAGACCGUGGAGCACCGCAUCCUGCGCAGCCGCAAGGUCGCGCGGGAAAACACUUCUCGUUCAUCAUCUUCAACAAUCCCACAGCAGAGGACGUUCGUGAAGUCCUGUGUAUCGGAGGAUGUUGAUGUGAUGUGUGAGGACACUAAUUCUCCUAAGCCCAUGAUGAAGCCCUUAAGCAGUCCAACUCAUAAGUCUUCUCCUGUCGCUGCAAAAGCUGGAAGUUCUCCUGGGAAGGGUGCCCGCAGCCCGACCAGCCCCAAGGCGGAGACGAAGCUCCCGCAGAGACCCGCGCCUGAAGAGGUGUCGGACCAGCUCAGGGUGCUGCCAGAGUUCCCGCACGUACCGCGGCCGUCGCAAGUGCUGGAGUGUCAGCCGACCGACAUUCCUGCCUUCCUGUACUACACCAGCCCCAAGGUGCGAGCCCGGCCGAUGCAGCUGUACUGCAGCUGGCGACGCGCGGCGUGGGAGGCACUGAGGCACCGGCUGUGCGGCGGCGCAGAGGGGCUGCAGACGGUGUGGCAUGGCUCGCCGGCGGGCGCGAGGCAGCACGCCGUCCGCUCUCAGGCGCUCCGCCCCUCCCCCCCGGCCGGGCUGUGGGCCGCCGCCCCGCGCUUCGGCUGGUCCGGCAUCAUCGUGCCUGACAAGCAGACGCUGGUGACGGACGCGGGGAAGCUGUACGUCCUUGACGGUCUGCUGAAGACCUUGAAGGAGCAGGGUCACCGUGUGCUCAUCUACUCCCAGAUGACCCGCAUGAUCGACUUGCUGGAGGAAUACAUGUGGCAUCGCAAGCACACGUAUAUGAGACUAGAUGGCUCGUCCAAGAUCUCCGAGAGAAGGGACAUGGUAGCAGACUUUCAGUCAAGAGAGGAUAUCUUCGUGUUCCUUUUGAGUACAAGAGCUGGUGGCCUUGGCAUCAACCUAACAGCAGCUGAUACUGUGAUCUUCUACGACAGCGACUGGAACCCGACGGUGGACCAGCAGGCCAUGGACCGCGCCCACCGCCUCGGCCAGACCAAGCAGGUCACCGUGUACCGCCUCAUCUGCAAGGGCAGCAUCGAGGAGCGCAUCCUGCAGCGGGCCCGCGAGAAGAGCGAGAUUCAGCGCAUGGUCAUCAGUGGGGGAAAUUUCAAGCCAGACACCCUGAAGCCAAAGGAGGUGGUGUCUCUGCUUCUCGACGAUGAAGAAAUCGAGAAGAAAUAUCGCCAGAAGCAGGCUGAGCGGAGAACGCAAGAGGAAGCACGCGCGGACUUCUACCGCGAGCGAGAGCGGAAACGGAAGCAGUUCCUGGGAGCCGUGAAGAUGGAGAACAAACGAAUGAGGAUGGAGGAGGGAGGGGAAGACACCAUCCUGAGUGUGGACUCUGCUCCACCCAGCCCUAGCCACAGCGAGGUGUCGCAGGGCAGCGGAGUGCCGCCCCAGGACGAGACCAGCAACGAGGGUCUGGUUGUGGACGUCGACCACCCGUCUUCCCUGCAGCCUCACCUGUACCCGGCGCCGCACCCCGGCCUGCUGGGCCCAGGGCGGCGCGCAACCAGGGGCGCCAAGCGGGGGCGACCCCGCGGCUCGCGGCGGGGCGGGCUGGCGCGCGGCCGCAGCUCCGUGCCCACGCUCACCAUCAACAUCACCAACUCCGACCUCGGCCUCGGUGAGUGGCCACAAAUACUCCCUCGGUUACGUGCCAUUUACAAGUAUUUUUACACUGCCUUUUAUAGCAUUAUAGCGUUUCACCAGUUUAAUGUGUCAGCAAGUAUUUACUUACAAUUAUGUUAGCAGACUACGUGUGUACCUACGGUGUACGGUUGAUGCCCGGCGCGACAGUUGUAUUUCGGAUUCGCGCGCGCGGGGUUUGUUGUUAUGGCCGACGCCGGACCGAGUUUUGUAAAGCACAGAACGGGAAAGCCAUUGAAAAAUUGCACAGAAAACUAUUUGUGUUGAAUUUAAAAAAAAAAAAAAAAAAACAUUUUCAGACAAAUAUCCGGAAUUGUCUCGUGUGAACGAUAUCGCGAGUUUCAACUGCGGAAUUUACGGGUGUUUAUUUCGAAACUCAGCUAAGAGUGAACGGAGAAUAAUGCUUGAAAUUUUUCUUGUAAAAGCUUUUACCAGUUUGACGAUCAUGCUCGCUGGGCACUUAUUGAUGA